AUGCAGAGAUGGAAAAUGCAGCUGUGUGCGUUGGUCAUACUGCGUAUUUCCUUUGCGACAUUAAUGGAGACCCAUUGCCUGAUUAUGAGUGGUUUCACGAUGGUAUGACACUAAACAAUACUACGCGUUUUAAUAUGAGACGAAAUUCCAAGUAUUCCAGGUUGAGGAUCAUUAAUACGAAAACGACAGAUAGUGGAGAGUACACAUGUAAGGCUUUCAAUGCAGCUGCAGUUCUAACAACUUCUGGUCGACUUCGUGUCACAACAGAUUGCUGAUGCUAUGAAGGUGAAGAAAGUGAAGUUUUGCUAACUUAAUAAAGAUAAAGAGAUUGUUACUAUGUACACGUGUACUACUUAGAAGACCAAAUUAUAAACCAAAUAG